GACCGGUGGCGGUGAUCCAACUCGGUGCUCUAUAAGAUCUGUGUACGACGAUCGGAAAAUCCUUACGCCGGAGAAAAUGAUCUCCUGAUUGGCGCCUUGAAUCUCACAUAUUCGUUAAACAAUUUCCAGAGACUGCCAACAAUACCUAUCAAUUUCCUCAGAUUUCAAGAUCCGAAUUCCUGAAAAAUGGAGUCUCCGCAAGGUGGUGGAUCCGAUAGAGACAAAUCCACUUCUUCCUCUUCUCCCGUCUCUGUUGUCUCCAAUUUUUGGAAAGAAUUUGAAUUGGAAAAGGAAAAAAGUGUGCUCGAUGAACAAGGGCUUAGGAUAGCUGAAAAUCAGGAGAACAGCCAGAAAAACAGGCGGAAGCUUGCUGAGAGUACAAGAGACUUCAAGAAAGCUUCGCCAGAGGAAAAGUUGAGUUUGUUUAAUUCUUUACUCAAGGGUUAUCAAGAAGAAGUUGAUAAUCUGACAAAGAGAGCAAAGUUUGGAGAGAAUGCUUUCCUUAACAUCUAUCAAAAACUUUAUGAGGCUCCAGAUCCUUAUCCUGCUCUUGCUUCAAUUUCUGAGCAAGAUCUGAAAUUAUCUGAACUAGAAUCCGAGAACCGGAAAAUGAAAGUUGAGCUUGAAGAGUUCAGGACUGAAGCAACUCACCUGAAAAAUCAGCAGGCGACAAUAAGAAGACUCGAAGAACGCAACCGACAGUUAGAGCAACAGAUGGAGGAAAAAAUAAAAGAAGUUGUGGAGAUCAAGCAACGCAGUCUGGCUGAGGAGAAUCAGAAAACACUUGAGGUUUUGAAAGAGAGGGAACAAUCACUGCAGGAUCAGUUACGGCAAGCUCAAGAAAGUGUCUCCAAUAUGCAAAAGUUACAUGAACUUGCACAAAGCCAAUUGUUUGAAGUCCAUGCUCAAUCAGAGGAAGAAAGGGCAGCUAAGCAAUCAGAGGUCAAUCUUCUGAUGGAUGAAGUGGAACGAGCUCAAACACGGCUUCUUAGUCUUGAGAGAGAAAAGGGAGUUUUACGGUCCCAAUUACAAUCAGCAAAUGAAGAGACUGAAAACAAGAAAAGAGAUAAUGUUGAUUCUAAUAGUAUCCUUGAGAAUUCUUUGAAUGCCAAAGAGAAGGUUAUCUCUGAGCUGAAUAUGGAACUUCACAAUAUUGAAACCACCUUGGCAAAUGAACGAGAGCAACAUGUGAUUGAGAUCAAGAGAUUGAAUUCAUUGCUUAAUGAAAAGGAUUGGGUGGUUCUGGGAUGAGGGAAGGCUAUCUUAUUGUGUGGUCCAAACACUGGAUUAGAUAAUUGAUAAAAAAUGACUAAGUUUGCUAAUUAGUGUUUAAGCAUUUAAUUUUUGCAUAAAUAGGCAGUUGGCUACAAUUCAAUUGAGGCUGAAGAUUGGGAAGUGGCUACCAGUGGGGAAGAGAUGAGCAAAAUGGAGUCUCUUCUUCUUGAUAAAAACAGGAGAAUGGAGCACGAACUCACACAAUUAAAGAUAAAACUUUCAGAGAAGGCAUCCUUGCUUGAAAAGGCUGAAGCUCAAAUAGAAGAAUUAACAGCAAAGAUUAAUGAACAACAAAGAUUAAUACAGAAGUUGGAAGACGAUAUUUUGAAGGGUUAUGGCUCUAGAGAUCGAAAAACCAAUAAUCUAUUUGAUGACUGGGACUUUUCUGAGUCAGGGGGAACCGAGCAUUCUGAGAACACAGACCAGAAGCAUGUUUCCUCUUUCGACCAGGACCAGAGCUCUAUGCUGAAAGUGAUCUGCAAUCAACGAGAUCGAUUUAGGACACGUUUGCGGGAGACAGAAGAGGAAAUAAGACAGUUGAAGGAGAAGAUUAGUUUGUUAACAGUGGAACUGGAAAAGUGCAAAGCUGACAACGUCAAACUUUACGGGAAAAUCCGUUAUGUCCAGGAUUACAAUCUUGAGAAAGUAGUUUCUAGAGGAUCAAAGAAGCAUGCUGAGGAUCUUGAAAGUGGUUUUAGCUCUGACGUUGAAUCUAAAUACAAGAAGAUAUAUGAGGAUGAUAUUAAUCCAUUUGUGGCAUUCUCAAAGAAGGAAAGGGAUCAAAGAUACAAGGAAUUGGGAUUCAGAGACCGAAUCACACUUAGCAGUGGACGCUUCCUUCUUGGCAACAAGUAUGCCCGAACUUUUGCAUUCUUUUAUACCAUUGGGUUGCAUAUCCUAGUUUUCACCUGUCUCUACAGAAUGUCAGCUCUCAGCCAUCUCAGCAAUGGUCCUGAAAUUGGAGAUCAAAUUCAAACUGUAGAUCUCCCACAUGCACUUUAGGUUUUCCUGUGUACACUGCAUUUAUUUUUGUUCGAAUGAUAUGGCAGUUGAGAUUUAUGUAUAGAAAUGCUACAGAUGUACAUGUAACAGACAAAUCUGAUGUUCUUCCUUUAUUCUCUUGCUAAUUUUGAAAAUCACAAUGAAAAUAACUGCAAAUUAUUUGUUCAA